GCUCCCGGCUCAUCACCGGGUCCCUGCAGAGAACCGAUCCGACUUGAAUGGCCUCCAUUCCGGUUUCCGCAUUCCCGCAGCCUCCGCGCGCACUCUGCCGGCGCGGAGCUCUUAUCCAUGAUCUGAACAGAACAAACCGGUUCCUCCGGUUAAUCUGGCCGCUGCUGCUGGCGGCGCACUAUGCUUCCACUGAGACGGAGAGAGGCGAGGCGGAGGAGCGACCGGCUGGUGCCCGCAAGCUGGAGAAGGCUUUUUGUUGAGGACUGAGAGGCUGCGGCGGAGCUCAUCGAUCGGUGCUGGAAUAAAAGCUUCAUGUCCCGGGAUGGAGGGCUGCUGCCGCUCCUGUAUGCCCUGUUUAGACGGGCUCUGGAACUGGAUAUGGCCCGACUUACGCUACCCGAACAUCCCCGAACACAACCAUGUCAUCGCCAACCCGAUGGCGCGAGCCGCCGAGAUCCCCACCGUGUCCGGCGACAUCCGCGUCCCCGCGCCCAAGAAGCGGCCCCCGCAGCUGUACGCGGCGCUCUUCGACUUCGAGGCCCGGAGCGACGACGAGCUCACGGUGAAGGAGGGGGACAAGCUGUCGGUGAUCGAGAAGCGGGGGGACUACGUGCUGGCCAAAAAACUGACCGGGUCCCUGGAGUCCGGGCUGGUCCCGGCCAACUACGUGGCUCUGCUGCAGGACGAGUUCGCCAAACACAAGUGGUACUAUGGGAACAUAAACCGUGUGAAAGCUGAGAAGCUGCUGCUCACCUCCCAAAACAAUGAUGGCUCCUUCCUGGUUCGCAUCAGUGAGAGUCACAGUGACGAGUACACCAUCUCUGCUCGGAGCGAGGGGAAAGUGUUCCACUUCCGGAUCCAGCGCUCCUCCAUCGGCGCGUAUUUCGUCUCAGAUAAGCUCUCCUUCGGCACGCUGGGAGAGCUCAUCUCCUACUACCAGAGGAACCCUCGCAGCCUCGGGGUGCUGCUGGAGGAGCCGUGCUCCCAGAAGAGGGAGCUGUUUGACAUGGAGCCGUGGGAGAGGCCCCGAGAGGAGUUCAGGCUCCUAAAGAAACUGGGAGAAGGUCACUUUGGGGAGGUGUGGGAGGCUUUCUGGACCACAGAGAAAAGGAAGGUGGCCAUAAAGACACUCAAACAAGAGGACACAAAGGAGGACGAGUUUGUGAAGGAGGUGCAGGCGCUGAAGAGCCUCCAUCACCCGAAGCUGAUCCAGCUGCUGGCCAUGUGCUCCAGAGGAGAGCCAGUCUUCAUCAUCACCGAGCUCAUGAGCAAAGGAAGCCUGAAGUCCUACCUGGCCUCUGCUGAAGGCCAGGUGCUGACCUCGGCUCAUCUCAUCUACAUGGGCAGUCAGGUGGCAGAGGGCAUGGCGUACCUGGAGGACAGAAACAUCGUCCACAGAGACCUGGCUGCCAGGAACAUCCUGGUGGGAGACGAUCUCGUCUGUAAGGUGGCCGACUUUGGGCUGGCUCGCAUCAUUAAGGACAGCGUGUACACAGCCAGCAAGAACACAAAGAUCCCCGUACGCUGGACGGCGCCGGAGGCGGCCCUUCAGCAGCGCUUCUCCGUCAAAUCAGACGUCUGGUCGUUCGGGGUGCUGCUGUAUGAGAUGAUGUCACGAGGCAAAAUGCCUUACGAAGGGAAAAGCAACAAGGAAGUGUUGGAUCUGCUGAAGGGCGGGUUCAGGCUGGCCUGUCCAAAUCGCUGUCCUCCAAAUAUUUACCGCAUUAUGAUGGACUGCUGGGCCGCCGAGCCCUCCGAGAGACCCUCGUUCCACGCUCUGCACAGCCAGCUGGAUUCAAUAUAUGCCAAGAUAUAUUUUAAGACCAUAGAGGUGUAGGACAUGGGCAGAAGAAGUGCUUAGAAGACUAAAGGAAGACACAGGGUGAAGGAGAUGGUACCAAGUACCUCCUAUAAUGAGAUGGAGGGCGUGGCAGUAAAAUGACUGAGAAAGGAGUGAAGAUGCACUCGUACCUGAAACAAGGUGAACGCCAACCGUCGGCACAUCCACAGAAGCAGCACUUUUUCAUUUUCUACCCUCUGUUUUAUAAGUGAGACGUCAUCACUUCAGUGCCAUGUCUGUGUGUGUGUCGGGACUUUAAAUGAAUCGCGUGUGUUUUGACUGCAGAGCCUUCGGGCUAAAAUAGAUUUUGUGCAAUAAGCAGUAAAUGCCUACUGGGUCAUUUUGUUUUAGCGGCUCGGGUCCAGAGGCAAUAAAAUCUGUCCGGUGCUACAGCUCUCUGACCUCUGCUCCUCACACCGCACUCCGGGUUUUUGGGGCAUUUUAAACUGAUGAGCAAUGAACUCCCAAAUUCCCGUUUGGUCAGAUGGGCUUCGUUACAUACAAAUCUCCUUCCUCUGGUUAAUGUUGGCUAACGAGUCCAGGAGUGUGUGUGUGUGUCAGUCUGUUCACACAGUGGCAUGAAAACGGGUUUAAUACACGGACCAGAGCACACUAAAGAAAAAAGAUCCAAAUAUAGAAGAAGAAAUCUGCCCAAUCAAACAGCAGCCUCUGAGUGACCACAAAGAUCAGCACAAAGAGAGGCUGAGGAGGAGCCGUCAGCCGCCUGUCCCAGCAAUUAAUUCAUGUGAUUACAAACCUAAGGAAGCUCCUUCCAGGUGCAGGUAUUCAGCUUCCUCGUUUGCAUACCCUUCUGAUUCAUCACGCCACUGCUUCUUUGCUUCCUGAUUACACACGUGUAACGCCAACGCGCAGACGUCUUCCGGUGUGGACAGAUCUUUUAUACGCUGCAGAUUCAGCACGCCAGCAGCUGGCUUUACUCUCAGGACAGAAGGAGCUCCGCUUUCAGCCAUCAGUUUGUGUUCUCUGGCUUCGUGGCUGCACUGUUAAUGAGCCCACAGGUGUAAAGUAUUCUGCUGAGUCUUCCUGCUGUUACGGGGCUUCAUGAAGGUUCUGGCAACGUGUUGCAUAUUGAAGCUCCACAGCAACAUCUCCAGAGCAAUAUUCCCACUGAGCCGUGGGCUGCAGGGCCAUGUGUGCAGGCCUUAUGACACUCAUGCUGUCUAAAGGCCAGUUACAGCUCGAGUGCCUAUGUUUACAACACACACACACACACACACACACACACGUCACUCCAGGAUGUGAACUGUAAUGCAGUACACUGAUCAACACAGAUGGUGACUCAGCCAUACUCAGAACACUCUUUGGGGGGGGGGGAGGAUUUCUGA